GUGGCAUCCGUUAUCAAGCGGGUCUCUGUAAUACAACAUCAAUUCAUUUAGGGGGUUGAUUUUUUCAUUUAUUUUGUUAAUUUGUCGUGGAGUUUCAAUUUUAAGGUUUCCUGAAUGGUGACUUCCGUGGUCGCGAUGCAACUCAACGACCAUCAUAAAGUGGUGACAAAUAACCAUCACGCUUCAAUAACAGAAGAAUCAUCCCUGAGGUCGAUCAGUUCCGAAGACAUUUCUCAGGUGGUUCCCCGUGGUUAUUGUUGCGCCAAAUCAAUUAACCCUGCCGAUGGACGUGGUAGGAAAUUGCACCUGUUGCAGAUGCUUAUUUUGCCCUUCAUACCGAUUUUGGCCUUGAUCGUGCAAACAUCAUUGAUGUUAAGGGAUAUUAUGGUGCUGAAGAAUGAUAGCAUUGAAAUUGAGAAUCAGGUCACCGCCGCCACCGAACUGGGUAAAGUGGUAACCAGGAUGCAACUGGAAAGAUCAGAAGUAGCGUUUUAUUUAUCCACUGGAGGCAAGAAAUAUAACAGGACUGAUAGAACGGACCUAACAACCAGGUUCGUCUUAACCAAUGAAGCGGUUGGUAAUAUGAGUUUUUGGCCUCCCAUAGCUUUGCAAAUUAACGGUACUAAAACCUACUUGGACAAAAGUACUUUUGUUAAAAAAUUGAUUUGGUUCAGAAGUGCCAUAAGCCCCGAGUCGGAAUCAGAAGAAGCUCCGAUGGCGGAUAUUUUAGCAUGGUACACGUCGGUCAAUGCUGCCAUGCUCGAGCAUUUGACUCAGCAAAUAAAAGAAACUGAUACAAGUGGCGUAUGGAGAUAUUUGUUAGCAUUUAAAAAUUUGCUAAAGAGUAUUGAAAGCACUGGGAUCGCGAGCGUUUAUGGGGUGAAUUAUUUUGGACAAGGAUAUCUGGAUCAGGAUAAUCACAUCAGUUAUAUACAACAUGAUUCCAUCGCGAAGGAUCUGCUGAAUACCUCCUUAAAUUAUGUCGCCAAGUUGAAGCAGGAAUAUAAGAAUUUGUCGUUGACCAUGUCGGAUUAUGGAAAUAUUAAGCAAAAGAAUGAUAUAAUUAUUAAAAAUUUGAAGCGCAAGUCCAACUAUACUGAAGCCCAAAACUAUUUUGUCUCUAUAGCUUUAUAUAUCGACGAACUGCGCAAGCUUCAGAGGUCUCUAAGGGUGACUAUUGGGGAUUACGUAAAUCAAAAUUUACAAGACGCGGCCAACCAGGAGGCCUUGGGCAUCACGAUAUUGCUGGUAGUACUCGCGGUUUCUCCAGUGAUAAUUUGGCUGGUCCAUAACGCUGUUGCGACAAUUCAACUGUACGCAGCGAAUUUAUCGAAAAAAGCGAACGAGCUGAAGAGAGAGAAGCAAAAAAGUGACUCGUUGUUGUUCCAGAUGUUGCCGCCGAGCGUGGCCACGCAGUUAAAACAAACCAGACAAGUUCCUGCUGAAUAUUAUGCCUCGGUGACAGUUUAUUUCAGUGAUAUAGUCGGGUUUACGGAAAUUGCUGCCAUGAGCACUCCUUUAGAGGUGGUCACAUUUCUUAAUAAGAUCUACAAGCAAUUUGAUGCCAGAAUUGAGUGUUAUGACGUAUAUAAGGUGGAAACCAUUGGGGAUUCUUAUAUGGUAGCCUCAGGAUUACCAGUACCAAAUGGGAAUAAACAUGUCUCGGAAAUUGCCAGUAUGGCCUUGGAUUUGCUUGCCGGAUCGAAGCACUUUAAAAUUCCCCAUAGGAAAUCUGAGAAAUUGCGCAUCAGGUCUGGAGCUCAUACAGGCCCAGUGGUGGCCGGUAUAGUGGGUUCAAAAAUGCCCCGGUACUGUCUCUUCGGGGAUACAGUUAAUACUGCUUCCAGGAUGGAAUCUACCGGUGUGGCCUCAAAGAUCCAUAUUAGUUCGGACAUGAAAAAGGCCCUGGACUCUAUUGGGGGGUAUAGGAUUGAGGAAAGGGGUUUGGUUGAGGUCAAGGGGAAAGGAAUGAUGGAAACAUUUUGGCUGGUAUGUAAAGAGGGUGGCACCCAAAACAAUGUUGAAAUAGAGACUUCGUCAUUUUUUGCUGAGGACGAGGACAUUGAACCGGUCUUCAUUAAGCGACUUAAGAAUAAAAAUUACUUUUAAGAAUCCCAGCAUACUCUCUCUGUAUUAUAUACAGCAACACAUUAUUAUUAGAUAGCUUUAUGGUAAUAAAUGUGCUUUAUAUUGUUGUUUUAAAACUUUUACCUGUAUUCCUAUAUUAGGACAAAAACAUUUAUCAUAGGUGUUAUGAUAAAAAAAAAUAUUUAUCAGUAGAUGUCCACUUUAUUAGUAUUGAA